GUUUUAUUAUUAUUAUUAUUAUUAUCCUGCUGUUAAUCAGGCAGUAGAGUCACGUAUGGAGUCAAACUCUGCAGGAAAAGGUUAAAGAAUAAAAACACUCAUGGCAAAUCAAAAAAGUUUACAUUUAUUAAAUAAUGAAUCAGAGUUAUGAGAUUAUAGUUGUUGAUUUUAUGUCAUGAUUUCUAAUAUUUUUGUUUUUUCACAUUUCUAAAUUUGAUUAUUUUUGUGUUUCUGACACUUUCAGGGAUUUUUUCAUAGUUUACAGGAUAAUUAAUGAAAAAUUAUUAAUUCAACAAUCAGAUUAAAACUUCCUUCAGUUGCUGGUUUGUAAGAAAAUAAAGAUGCUGUUCUUCAUCAUGUGGGAAAGUAAGAAGUCAAAUUAAAAAAUGGCUUGAUUAAUGUUUGAUUUCCAUCCAGUGAAGAGGAGAUGAACAGCUGAUGGAGGUGGAGGGUGGUGUUUAGUUUUAACGGGUCUCUGUAAAGCCCAUAAAGCGUCGCGGGGUUCGGUUCUGCAGGACUUUCUGAGGUCUGAUCCCAGAGUUGACUCGGAAGUUGCCGGAGCGUCCUCUGCGCCUCGGACCUGCGCAGUAGCGGACUGGGUGUAGUCUGGAGUCCCGUCUUUUCCUGCUGGAUUUGGUGCAUGGCGGCGGACACAAAGAGUUGAGGCCCCGAUCCCAGACCCUCACACAGCAGCACAGCCGGGAGACGAGCUCUGGACGCGGCCUGGAGCCGAGAGAAGCCGCCGCUGCACAACUUUCCCCGCAUGUUUCUACUUGAUGCGUUUUACUGUUUCCUCGGGAAUCGCUCGGUAACCGGAUAGUUACCGAAAACUUCGGACGAGUUCAGGGAGAGUUUGUGUCGGAGCCGCGCACACACUUUCAGGUCUCGGAGGAGGACGGACAGGACCGAAAAAAUGCGAAGUUUGAUCCGGGCUCUGGUCGCUUGGAGCUGGGUGGCGGCGGUGUGUGUCCGCGCCGCCAUGGACGAGUGUUCGGACGAGCAGGGCAGACCGCAGCGCUGCAUGCCCGAGUUCGUGAACGCGGCUUUUAACGUGACGGUGGUGGCGACCAACACCUGCGGCUCUCCGCCGGAGGAGUACUGCGUCCAGACCGGCGCCACCGGGGUCACCAAGUCCUGCCACAUCUGUGACGCCCGGGACCCGCGGAACCACCACAGCGCCGUGUACCUGACCGACUACAACAACCAGCAGGAUACCACCUGGUGGCAGAGCCAGACCAUGCUGGCGGGCAUCCAGUACCCGAACUCCAUCAACCUCACCCUGCAUCUCGGUAAGGCCUUCGACAUCACCUACGUGCGGCUCAAGUUCCACACCAGCCGGCCGGAGAGCUUCGCCAUCUACAAGCGGACCAGCGAGGGGGGGCCCUGGGUGCCGUACCAGUACUACAGCGGCUCCUGCGAGAAGACGUACCAGAAACAGAGUCACGGCUUCAUCCGCACCGGAGAGGACGAGCAGCAGGCGCUCUGCACCGACGACUUCAGCGACAUCUCGCCGCUCACCGGCGGGAACGUGGCCUUCUCCACGCUGGAGGGCCGACCCAGCGCCUACAACUUCGACCACAGCCCCGUCCUCCAGGACUGGGUGACGGCCACCGACAUCAGAGUGACCCUGAACAGGCUCAACACGUUCGGAGACGAGGUGUUCAACGACCCCAAGGUCCUCAAGUCGUACUACUACGCCAUCUCUGACUUCGCCGUGGGAGGAAGGUGUAAGUGUAACGGCCACGCCAGUGAGUGCCUGAAGAACGGCAGAGGACGGCUGGUGUGUAACUGCAAACACAACACAGAGGGCGACGACUGCAACAUCUGCAAACCGUUCUUCAACGACCGGCCGUGGAGGAGAGCGACCGCCGACAACUCCAACGAGUGUCUGCCCUGCGACUGUAACGGGAAGAGUUCUGAGUGUUACUUCGACACGGAGCUGUACCGGGCCACAGGUCACGGAGGUCACUGCAGGAACUGCGCCGACAACACAGACGGCCCCAACUGUGAGCGUUGCCUGGACAACUACUACAGGGAGCAGAGCGGCGGCCGCUGCCUGCCCUGCAGCUGCAACUCUGUGGGCUCGGAGUCUCCUCAGUGUGACAACAGAGGAAUGUGUGCGUGUAAACCCGGAGUGACCGGAGAGAAGUGCGACCGCUGUCAGCCGGGAUACCACAGUCUGACCGAGGCCGGCUGCAGGCCUUGCUCUUGCUCGCCCUCUGGCAGCACUCAGGAGUGUGACGUCAACACGGGACAGUGUCGCUGCAAAGACAACGUGGAGGGCUUCAGCUGCGACAGGUGUAAACUGGGUUACUUCAACCUGGACCCCAACAACCCUCAGGGCUGCACGCCCUGCUUCUGCUUCCAGCACUCGUCUGUGUGCGACAGCGCCGAGGGCUUCAGCGCCCACACCAUCAGCUCCUCCUUCUACAGAGAUGACGAGCAGUGGACCGGUCAGCAGCGUGAUGGAUCCAGUGUCUCCGUCCAGUGGUCCCCCAGCGGACAGGAGGUCUCCCUCAUCUCAGAAGACUACUUCCCCAUGUACUUCAUAGCCCCAGAGAAGUUUCUGGGGAACCAGAUGCUGAGUUACGGUCAGAACCUGAGUCUGAGUUUCCGGGUGGACCGACGGGACACCCGUCUGUCUGCGGAGGAUCUGGUUCUGGAGGGAGCUAAUCUGAGGGUGGCUGUCCCCCUUAUCGCCCAGGGCAACGCCUACCCCAACGAGAACAUGCAGACAUACGUGUUCAGGCUCCAUGACAGCACUGAUUAUCCCUGGAGGCCGACCAUCAGUCACUCUGACUUCCAGAAACUUCUGCACAACCUGACGGCCAUCAAGAUCCGAGGCACCUACAGCGAGAGGAGUGCCGGUUACCUUGACGAUGUCUCCUUGGUGACAGCGAGGCAGGGUCCAGGUGCCCCGGCCCGCUGGGUAGAGCAGUGCACCUGUCCUCAGGGUUACCAGGGUCAACACUGUGAGCAGUGCACUGUGGGAUACCGCCGCGCUCGCCCGGAGCUCGGAGCCUUCAGCCCCUGUGAGGCCUGCAACUGUAACGGACACAGCGAAGCCUGCAACCCCGACACAGGAGCUUGUGACUGUCAGCACAACACGGCCGGCCUGAGCUGCGAGCGCUGUAAAGACGGUUUCUACGGCGACGCCACCCAGGGGACGUCAGGUGACUGUAAGCCCUGUCCCUGUCCAGCCGGAGCCACCUGCGCUGUGGUCCCCAAAACCAGAGAGGUGGUCUGCACCAACUGUCCCACAGGAACCACAGGUAAGCGCUGUGAGCUCUGUGACGACGGUUUCUUCGGGGACCCUCUGGGUCAGAACGGUCCGGUCCGAGCCUGCCGAGCCUGCAAGUGCAGUGACAACAUCGACCCCAACGCCGUCGGCAACUGCAACCGCGAGACCGGAGAGUGUCUGAAGUGCAUCUACAACACCGACGGCUUCUUCUGCGACCGCUGCAAGGAGGGUUUCUAUGGCAACGCCCUGGCUACCAACCCCGCGGACAAGUGCAAACCCUGCUCCUGUUCUCCUCUCGGUACCGUGGACCGUCAGACCAGCUGCUCCCAGGUCACGGGUCAGUGUCAGUGUCUCCCCAACGUCGCUGAGCGUGACUGCAGCGCCUGCCAGCCCGGCUUCUUCAACCUGCAGAGCGGCAACGGCUGCGAGCGGUGCAACUGUAAUCCCAUUGGCUCUACCAACGGUCAGUGUGACAUCACUUCAGGACAGUGCGAGUGUCAGCCCGGCAUCACCGGCCUGCACUGCGAACGCUGCGAGGUCAGCUUCUUCGGCUUCAGCUCGUCCGGCUGCAAACCCUGCGACUGCGACCCCGAGGGCUCUCAGUCGGGUCAGUGUAAGGAGGACGGCCGCUGCGAGUGUCGGCCCGGCUUCGUCGGAGCUCGAUGUGACAUGUGUGAGGAGAAUUACUUCUACAACCGCUCGGUGCCGGGCUGCCAGCAGUGUCCCUCCUGCUACAGUCUGGUCAGAGACAAGGUGAACCAGCAGAGGCAGAAGCUUCACGACCUGCAGACCUUGAUCGAUAACCUGGGCUCAGGUCAGGAGACCGUCAGCGAUAAGGCCUUCGAGGACCGACUGAAGGAGGCGGAGCGAGCCAUCAUGGAGCUGCUGGAGGAGGCUCAGACCAGCAAAGACGUAGACAAAGGCCUGCUGGAUCGCCUGAACACCAUCAACAACACUCUGACCACUCAGUGGAACCGACUGCAGAGCAUCCGCAACACGGUGGACGACACCGGCAGUCAGGCCGACCGCGCCCGCACCCGAGUCCGUGACGCCGAGAACCUGAUCAACCAAGCCCGACUGGAGCUGGACAAGGCCAAGGACGCCGUCAGCAAAGUGGACAUCAAACCCCCCGGCGGCACCGGAGAGCCCAACAACAUGACGCUGCUGGCUGAGGAGGCUCGAAGACUGGCUGAGAAGCACAAGAUGGACGCCGAUCAGAUUGAGAAGAUCGCCAAGGACGCCAACGACACGUCGACCAAAGCGUACAACCUGCUGUUGAAGACUCUGGACGGAGAGAGCAGGACGAGCCAGGAAAUCGACGAGCUCAACAGGAAGUACAACGAAGCCAAGGAGCUGGCGAAGAACCUGGAGAAACAGGCCAACAAGGUCCAGGCCGAGGCCGAAGACGCCGGGAACAAAGCUGUGAAGAUCUUCGCCAACCUGACCAGCCUCCCGCCGUUCGACACCAAGGCUCUGGAGGACGAAGCCACAAAGAUCAAGAAGGAGGCGUCGGACCUGGACAAGCUGAUCGACAAGACGGAGAAGGAGUACAAUGACCUCAGAGACGACCUGAAGCCCAAAGAGCUGGAAGUCCGCAAACUGCUGGAGAAAGGCAAAAGUGAGCAGCAGACUGCUGAUCAGCUGUUAGCUCGCGCAGAUGCCGCCAAAGCUCUGGCAGAGGAAGCGGCGAAGAAGGGUCAGUCGACCUUCAAGGAGGCCGAGGGCAUCCUGAACGACCUCAGAGACUUUGACAAGAGGGUCAACGACAACAAAACUGCCGCUGAAGAGGCCAUGAAGAAGAUCCCCGCCAUCAACGCCACCAUCAUGGCCGCCAACGAGAAGACCAGGCAGGCGGAGGCGGCGCUCGGAAACGCAGCCGCAGACGCCCGUGAGGCCAAGAACAAGGCGGAGGAGGCGGAGAGGAUCGCCAGCAAUGUGCAGAAGGGCUCAGCCAAGACCAAGGAGGACGCGGAGAAGGCGUUCCAGGACACCAACAAGCUGGACAACGAGGUCAACGACAUGAUGGACCAGCUGAGCACUGCCGAGCAGGAGCUGGCCAGGAAGAAGGCGGAGGCUGACCAGGACAUGAUGAUGGCGGGAAUGGCGUCCAACAACGCCAAGGAGGCGGAGGACAACGCCCGCAAAGCCAAGAGCGCCGUGAAGACGGUCCUGAGCACCAUCACCGCCCUGCUGGAUCAGCUGGGAAACAUUGACAAGGUGGACCUGAGCAAACUGAACCAGAUCGACGAGUCACUGAAGCGGGCCAAGGGCAAGAUGGCCGACAGUGAUCUGGACAGGAAGCUGGCGGAGCUGAACAACGUGGCGCAGACCCAGGAGGAGAUGAUCAACGACUACGACCGGCAGAUCCGCGAGAUCCGCGCUGACAUCAACAACCUCAACGACAUCAAGAACACGUUACCUGACGGCUGCUUCAACACGCCGUCCCUGGAGAGGCCUUAACCCCGCCCUCCUCCUCCUCCACCGCCCCGCCUCCAACACUCCCCCUUCACAUCUAACACUCCGGCGAACAUGCCGACUUUUACCAAAACAGUUUUUUAAACCUUUUGUUUUCAGAUUCUUGUCUUUGAUUUUCAAAACCACGUUCACGGUUUUUUAACGAAAGAGAAGCAGCUGUUUUUUGUUUUUUUUGUUUUUGUUUUUUCAAGACGCAGUAACGUGGUUACGGUAGAAUGAACUAAGCGGCGUAGAGAAGCCGUGCAGAGAGGUGGAGGACCUCGGAGAAAAACCAGAACCACAAUCCCGACGUGACUGCACCCGUCUGAAGUUUCACCGACGCAGAAAAAAACCACAGAAGAAGUUCCUCCCGCCUCGAGGAACGUCCGCUCGCGUUUUCGUCUUUCACCCGUCACUCCAUCAGUUCUCAGCCAGCUGAAUGUACGGCGACACUGUUAGAACCUUUUUCUCUUUUACUUUGAAACCAGAAACCACACAGUGAAGGAAUCCUCUCUUCUUUGAUUUUCUCUCCUCUUUUCUCCCAAAGCUUCAGAGGAAAUGUUUCACUCCUCUCUUCAGCAGUAUUUUCACCUCCAGUGAGUCGCGACCACGAGCAAAGUCCAGCUCGCUCUGCUGGUCUACAUCAAACCAGACGCACCUGAAGUCCUGACCUGAAAGUCUUGUGCAAGUUUUUAUUAAACUAGAGUUUUGUUCCCAUGAGAAAUGUUGGACAGAGCACGAGUUCUGAUCUCACAAUCUGUCACAGAGAUCUGGUGGGAACAAGUUCCUCGGCGUUGUGUUCAGGAUCAUGCAGGAACACGACAGCUUCUAUAUCGUGUGCAAGACUACAUGGGAACAAGAUAUCAGUUCCCACACAGUGUCGUCUACAUGUGUUAUUAACCUGCACACAGAAGGUAUCAGUGAGUAAUUAUCUUGUGAACGUCUCUCAGGACUUCAGGCGCUCUGUCUUUGAUCUACGGUGGCUGACGAUGUCAAACGAGCUGCAACGGCCCAAAACUCUUCCAUCAGGAGAAACGAGCUGCAGAUUCAAAAAACACAAACGAAAAUACAAAAACAAACACAACAACGGAAACGAGCCGCAGAUGAAACAACGAGCUGCAGGAAGAUGAAACAAAAACAUGAACAACAAACACGUUGCAGAUACACAAACAACAAGAACACACAAACCUCCAAAACAAAUGCAACAGAGAAAACGGGAGACAACACAACAGAAGAGCUCCGGGCCUGUAGGAGGAGCUCUCAGUGGAACACCCACAGACUGUCUAUAAGCUAACGCUAACGCUAACGCUUGCUACGUUAUCUGUUGCUCUUUUAUAAUAGUGUAACAACUACGGACAAAUGUAACAACACAAACCUGUUUGUCAUCUCUUGUUUCCACAUUCAUACUCUCUCGUUGGGUCAAAGGUCAAAGGUCCACUCCUAAUUCUCGAAGUUCAAGCUAAUGCUCAAGGUGUUAGAGCUCCCCCUACAGGCCUGGAGCUCCUCUGUUGUGUUGUUUGGAUAUGCAGCGUUUUUAUUUGACAGUCGGAGCCGUAUUGUUUUCAGGUUGUCCGUCCGUACGUCCCAUUCUCUAGAUCAAAGAUCAAAGGUCAUGGUCGUGGCGACCUCACAAUGGCCUUGUAACGCCUUGAGGGAAUUUCUUUAGAUUUGGUAAAAACCUGGACUCAAGGAGGAGCUGAUUAGAAUCUGGUGGCCAAAGUUCAAAGGUCAAGGUCACAGUGAUCUCACAGAACAUGAUUUUGGAUUUGUCAACACCAUAUCUCGAGAACACAAAGUGUUUUGGCGGCGGGAUACAACGGCGAGGCGGUAAUUCUAGUUCCUGUUGCAUAAUGUUUGGAGGUUUGUGUGUUUUUGUUGUUGUUUGUGAAUUUGCGGCGUGUUUGUUGUUUCUGUUUUGACGUCCUGCAGCUCGUUGUUUCAUCUGCGGCUCGUUUCCGUUCCUUCUCCUGAUGGAAGCGUUUUGGGCCGUCGCAGCUCGUUUGACCUCGUCAGCCACCGUCUGAAUCAGCUGUGACGCUUCUCGCUGCGGCUAAACACCAUUUCAUGUACGGACGUUACAACACCACAGCUCUGUCCUUCUCCCACAAGUUGCUGCUUAUCACUGGUGUUUUUUUGUUUUUUACCAAUCACACAUUAACAUUUUCCUCCAGGCUAAAAUCCAACACUAUGCAACUUUGUACAUUUUGCGUAGCGAGAAUUUUUAUCUGAUACACUGGUGCUAAUAAUUAUUUCAAAUGUUAUAUUUUUGUGUGAAUGUUUUUUAUUAUGACAUAGAGUGAGGAUUUGUUAUUUGUGUAAAUAUAUGCUUCAAUGAUUCAGGACUGGCUGAUUCUAAGAAAUAAAACUCCAACAUGCAAAACAGCCACUUCAAGUUCUAUCACAAUCAAUCAACUGAAACCUCCAGGUUAAAUAUAUAUAGAUCUCUAUGAUAACGUCUGUGGUAUGUUAUUAUUAUCAUAUGCUUGCUUGUAUACAAGGCUCAGUGUUGCUGCCUCAUAGCGAUGCCAAUAUUUCAUUUGUGUUUUAUUGAUUCUCUGGGUUUUCACUCGUUAACUCGACCUAACUGAAUAUUUUUGUUUAUAGUUUUUUUUUUUUUUUCUGGCCCUUUCACCAAUCAGGACGUGUUUCAGAGCGGUGGGCGUGGCCCGCCACCUCGUUUUUACUGAAUUUAUUGGCUCGACUCCAUAAUGAGAUGACGAGCUCGGUCACGUUGCUACGGUAGUUAACUGUUUUUAAUUAGUGUUUUGUGCCUUAAUAUAAAGUUUGGUUGUAAUCACAGCCCCAGUGACGGGCUCCACUUGUUAUCUCACAGAAAUGUCCUCGUCAUUCUCGCUCAUUCACGCCGUCUCCUCCUGUCGGUACUGAAGCAGGGUUCUUUAAACAUCAGGUCCAAACAGAGCAGAGAAAAGAUCCUGAUCCAGGAAGUAAGAGUCGAACACUUUGUCAGUUUAACAUCUGAGCCUGAACAGAAGAAGAGUUUCUGUGACAGAGGAUCUAAAUGAUCUGGACUCUUACAACUUGUUGUCAUCCAUUUUGUUCUUUCUCUCCCUCCAUCCUUUUCCCGCUCUGCAGGACGUGCAGCACACGCAGACAUGAUGUAUAAACAGUAUUUUAAGUUAUAAUGUACCAGUUAUUUGUGUUGUAACCCUGUUGUCUUAGAUGGUGACGUGUGUGUGCUGCGCAGCCUGCAGGACGCCUCUGUGACGUCAUGUUUUCCCGCCCUGCGAGGACCUGAAUGACCCUGUUUGUCCCCAUGUGCCUGUAAAUCCAAACUUAACAUUUGAAUAAUAAAAAGAUUACUACAGGAA